GAGAGGCGUUCAAAAUGGGGGAGAGCGCGACGAGUCGGGAGUUCCAGCUGCCUGCGGUGGUCGCGAAGGGAGUCGACAUGAGCAGAGAGCGUGCCGCCUUCGCAGUGGAGGCGGCGAAGAAAGGCUACAUUGCGCUGUUGAAGAACGACUUGAAAUACUGGCAAGAAGCGGCACAGAUGCUGAAGGAAGAAUUCGACGCCUCGUUCGGCGGCAGUUGGCAUGUGAUCGUCGGGCAACACUUUGGCGCCUACGUCACGCACGAGGCGAAGCAAAUGAUUUACAUCGCCAUUGGUCCUGUGAACUUCCUCAUCUACAGACACGGGUGAAGGAGGAACCUGGAACAUAGCCGACAGAAAAGCAGAACCAAGAAGAGAGAACCCACGCCAGCAGGGAGAACUAGACACAGAGAGAAGAGAGAGAAAGAAAGAAAACAGAGAAACACGACGCGACGGGGUGCGGAGAAGGAGGAGAAGAAGAGGGAGAAGGAGAAGAAGAGUAGAAAGAACAGCGACAAAGAGAGAGGCGAGAGUCAAGAGAGAAAGACAGGGCUCCUGAAAGGACCUGAGUGCGAGGUGGGCAGAAGAAAGAGCAAGCGAGAGACGAGAAGGAGAGAGAAACGGACCAGCGAAAAGAAAGACAUAAAUGGAGAGCGCGAGAUGGAGAGAAAAUAGUUAAGGAGACUCAAAUAAAACGAGCGAAACACAAGUCAGC